CCCGCUCUGCCUCCGCCGCCCAAACUUUUCUCCGGGCGCGUCUAAGCGCGGCGGCCGCCUGCCCGCCCGCCCGCUCGCCCCCGGCCCAUGGGCGCCCGGCCUCAGGGGGCCUGACCCCCGCCGCCAGGUCCGCCCGCCGCGCUAUGGCGGCCCGCGCGUCCCCCGCCGCACCUGCGGCCGACGAGCCUGGGGGCCCCGGCGGCCCCCCGCGCAGGAAGAAGUCUCGCUCGGGCGCGUCCGGCCUCCGCCGCGCCUUCAGCUGGCUGCGGGGCAAGCGGCGCAAGAAGAAGGCGGCGGGGGCCGAGGGCGCCGAGCCGGCCGCCCCCCGGGCCAAGAAGGCGGACGACAAGGCCAGGAAGGCCAAGGGUAAGGGCCGAGGCUCUGCCAAGGCUGAGAGCGACAAACGACUGAGUGUGGGGCCUGGCCAGGGGCCAGGGUCUGUCGUGGACGACCACCAGGACAAUGUCUUCUUCCCCACUGGGCGACCGCCUCACCUGGAAGAGUUACACACGCAGGCCCAGGAGGGGCUCCGUUCCCUCCAGCAGCAAGAAAAACAGAAACUGAACAAGAGUGCCUGGGACCAUGGAGACACCCAGAGCUUACAGUCUUCCCGCACUGGGCCAGAUGAUGAUAGCAUCUCCUUCUGCAGCCAGACCACAUCCUACACGGCUGAGAGCUCCACGGCAGAGGACGCGCUCUCCAUCCGCUCUGAGAUGAUCCAGCGCAAAGGCUCCACCUUCCGGCCCCACGACUCGUUUCCCAAACCAUCUGGAAAGUCGGGGCGCCGGCGGCGGGAGCGGCGGAGCACGGUGCUGGGACUGCCGCAGCACGUGCAAAAGGAACUCGGCCUGCGGAAUGAACGUGAGCCACCAGGUACGCCUCGGCCUCCGGGUCCACGGGACGCUGUACGCAUUCCCACAGUGGAUGGCCGUCCGGCAGGCCCGGCCGCGGGGCCAGGGGCCAGGGUGUCCCUGCAGGCGCUGGAGGCAGAGGCCGAAGCUGGGGCCGAGGCCCUACUGCAGCGCCACAUCGACCGCAUCUACCGCGAUGACACGCUCUUCGGCCGGUCCACGGGGGCGCGGCCCCCGCCGCUAAUCCGGCCCAUGUCCCUCGCAGUGCCUGGACUGACGGGAGGGGCCGGGCCUCCAGAACCCCUGAGCCCGGCCAUGUCCAUCUCGCCCCAGGCCACCUACUUGUCGAAGCUCAUCCCGCACGCCGUGCUGCCGCCCACCGUGGACGUGGUGGCCCUGGGCCGCUGCAGCUUGCGCACCCUGAGCCGCUGCAGCCUGCUCUCAGCCAGCCCGGCCUCCGUCCGCUCUCUGGGCCGCUUCUCCUCGGUCUCCAGCCCGCGACCCCGCAGCCGCCACCCUUCCUCCUCCAGCGACACCUGGAGCCAUUCUCAGUCCUCGGAGACCAUCGUGUCUGAUGGCUCCACCCUCUCCUCUAAGGGUGGCUCUGAGGGCCGGCCAGAGGGCUCCGUGGCCAACAGUAGCGUGGCGCCCCCUCCGCAGGGGGGCAGCGGGCGGGGCUCUCCCAGCGGGGGCAGCACCGCCGAAGCCUCGGACACUGUCAGCAUUCGGAGCGGGAGCCAGUUGUCUGGCCGGAGCGUGUCCCUACGUAAGCUGAAGCGGCCCCCUCCGCCUCCCCGCCGGACCCACUCGCUCCAUCAGCGCAGCUCGGCGGUCCCUGAUGGGCCCUUGGGGCUGCCUCCCAAGCCAGAGCGGAAGCAGCAGCUGCAGCCGCCCCGGCCGCCCACCACUGGAGGGUCGGAAGGGAUGGCGGCCCCGCACUGUCCACCCAGCUCGGCAGGCGGCUGGGUGUCUGGCUUGUCUCCGGGUGGCUCCCGGCGCCCCCCACGUUCCCCAGAACGGACACUCUCACCCUCCAGUGGAUACUCGAGCCAAAGUGGUACCCCUACCCUACCCCCCAAGGGUCUAGCAGGGGCCCCUGCUUCCCCAGGCAAGGCCCAGCCCCCCAAACCAGAACGUGUCACUUCCCUUCGAUCUCCCGGGACCUCCGUCUCCUCCUCCCUCACAUCUCUGUGUUCCUCUUCCUCUGAUCCAGCACCUUCAGACCGCUCUGGUCCUCACAUGUCGACUGCCCUGGGCGACAGGUUUGUCAUACCUCCUCACCCCAAGGUGGCUGCCCCCUUCUCCCCACCUCCCUCUAAGCCCAAGAGUCCAAACCAAGCUGCCCUUGCUCCUGCUGUAGUCCCUGGGCCUGUCUCUACCACCGCUGCCAGUCCUGAGUCCCCACCCACUCCCCAGACAUCCCUGACCGCACCUCAGGCAUCUCCUGCUGCCUCCAAAGACCAGUCACCCCCUCCGUCCCCACCCCCAUCAUAUCACCCACCCCCACCCCCCACUAAGAAGCCAGAGGUGGUUGAGGGGGCCCUGUCUGCCCCAGAGACUGCUGAGGAGCCCCUCCAAGAUCCCAACUGGCCCCCUCCCCCGCCUCCUACCCCAGAGGAGCAGGACCUGUCCAUGGCCGACUUCCCACCACCUGAGGAAGCCUUUUUCUCUGUGGCUAGCCCUGAGCCCGCAGGCCCUUCACCCCUCCCGGAGGCCUCCUUACCUGCUGUUUCCUUCCAGAACCAGCCCUCUGGUACCCCAGACCCUCCUCCCGCCCCGCCCGCCCCACCUGCUGCCGGCUCUGUCGCAGGGCUUCUGGCCAAGGCCCCUCGGAAGGAGCCAGUGGGCUGCAGCAAGGGUGGGGGUCUUCCCCGGGAGGAUGCCAGCGCGCCCCUGGUCACACCCUCACUCCUGCAGACGGUUCGGCUGCGCUCUGUGGGCGCUCCCACGGUGGCUCCAAAUCCAGCAUCGGGGCCAUCGCCCCCCCAGAAGCCACUCCGAAGGGCCCUGUCAGGGCGGGCUAGUCCUGCGUCUGCCGCCUCCUCAGGGCUCCAUGCAGCUGUGCGGCUCAAGGCUUCUAACCUGGCUGUCAGCGCAGGCCCUCUGGGUGCCCAGCCCAAUGGACCACCUGAGGCAGAGCCACGGUCCCCUGCCUCUACGGCCAGCUUCAUCUUCUCCAAGGGCACUAAGAAGCUGCAGCUGGAGCGGCCUGUGUCCCCGGAGACCCAGGCUGACCUCCAGCGGAACCUGGUAGCUGAACUAAGGAGCAUCUCAGAGCAACGGCCACCCCAGACCCCAAAGAAGACACCUAAGGCCCCCCCGCCUGUGGCUCGCAAGCCUUCUGGGGGCAUUCCCCUUCCCACCUCCCCCAGCUUUCCUCGAGCUGAGCCCCUUACUGCGCCUCCCACCAACGGGCUCCCCCAUGCCGAGGACAGGACUAAGGAGGAGCUGGCAGAGAAUGGAAGUGUCCUGCAGCUGGUGGGCCCGGAGGAGCAGAAGCUGGGCCUGCCUAGUACAGACGCAUAGAAAGCUGGUCUGACCACCAGACACCUCGCUGGCACUGCUGACCCAUCCCAGGAAUACAUUCUCAGGGACCUGAGUGGCUCCGAGGAUGAGAGGAUACGGCAGACACUUAACCUAAUGGGGGGACGCCUGCAGCCUUAACCUCCACGGCCUUCGGUAUUUAUGCAAGCCUGUGUGGAUCCUGUCCUCCAAGUCACCCAGCUCUCAUGCCUUUUCCUGAAUGGACUCACCUCUGGCAGCUGCUGCUUCAGUCUUGGCCUUAGCCUCAUCUUGGAGGAGGUAGCUGGUGAGAGUGGAUGUCUGCGCCCCCUGCUGGCCUCAAGGCCACAGAGAUGGGGGACCACAGCACCUCACUUUUUCUUUUUGUUCAUAUCCAAAUCAUGCACAUGCUGUAGUCCAGAAUCAAAGCACUUUUGAAAAGUGGCUGCAUGUCCAUUCCCCCGGGCCCGUGAAGCCACAUUCCAAGGGCCUGUCUACAUGGCAGCAGCAUCAGUCCCCAGCAGCCAGCCCUUGGCUGGGACUAACCUGUCCCCCUCUCCUCUGAUCCAGUUUGCUCCUUUUCUUAGUUCUUGGAGGUAGGCAAGUCGUAUUCCCACAGGCUUCUCCAGGCUGGAGGCAGGCUUGGGGCUGUGGCAUUCCAAAGCACAAAAGGUGCAGCGGGGGUUAGUCCCCCUGUGCCUCAACUUACCACCAACCAGCUUCCUGCCUUCUAGUUCUGCCAGGUGCUUCAUGCAGGGGACAGGAAGUGGGAGCCUGUCAAGGUCCAAAUGGGUGGUGGAGAACACCAGAGGGGAGGUUCACAGGCUCACCCUGCCCUCCGAGAACAGAGCAGGGAGUCAUGUCAUGGGUCACUUGGCCCCAUUUCACUUGAUCAGGUUGGGGUGGGCGAGCAUAACUCUUUAGAGGCAGGAGCCCACGGGCCAUGGCAGAGUUGGGUCCCUUUCAGCUUGGCAGGAAGUACUGAGGACGUGGAUGAAAGGGUGGGGCUGGGGCUGGCAGGGAAGAGCUUCUUUGGGCAGUGGGCUGGGACCUGGCCCUGUGGAUUUCAUCCUGACCUUCCUUUGCUCUGUGCAUGUCCUUUCUGCAGCUGCCUGUUAGUGCAGGUGGUUCCACUGGGGAGGGUGCUGACGCUGAGUGACAGGAUGGGAAGCCAAGGGUACAUUCUAUUCCAGACUUUUCCCUAGUCAAAGAGGGGGCACUUGAUGCUCCUAGGGGCAGGCUGGGUGGUUCCCCCCCAGCCGUAGAUGUCAGUCUCUGCUACUGAUCUCUCCAGGAAUCUUAGCGAUUUUUCCAUUUUCAACCAGUGCCACCUAUGUUGGUAAGCUAGUUUCCUCCAAGGUUCCACGGGGGCGACCCUAGUGCUUCCUCCCGCUGCAGUGUGGCUGUCACCAGGGUCACCCCUUCUGUAUUGAUCUUCUUUCUUCAACAGUGACUCAGGCUUGAGCUGGACAAGGAACCUUUUUAGCUGCUUCUCCUCCACCCAGGAGACAGGUUGACCCUCUCCCAGAACAAGAGCUGGGAACACAGGGGAUGUCGUUGGAGAGCCCAGGUUCCUCUGGCCUUCUCCACCAUCUUCUCUUCAGCUAUAAACCAGUGUUCUUCCGUGCCCGCUGGGUAUGUGUUGUGCCUGCCCGGUAAGAUGGGGAAGACAGUCGGUAAACCAGCUCUGCUCAGAGCUCUUGAUCAAUCUCCUGGGAAUGAGGGACUAGGACCAGGCCAAAGCUUCCAUGACAUCAAGCCUAGGCAGCGGCCACAGAGCUGCUGGAGGUGAGAGGGAGCCCACCUUCUGUAUCUUUGCCUCCCCUCUCUUUGUUACUCCUUAUCUUCAGUUAGUCCUCUGAGCUUGUUUCCCCACCGGGUGGGACAGAGUUGAAAGGAGAAGGGAGGAUCUCCCAAGAGGCAAUCCUUUGUCCUCUGGGGUAAAUGAACUUGACCUAGUGCACAUGGAGACCAAAAGCCUCUGAUUUUUAAUUUCCAUAAAAAUGUUAGAGAGAGAAGUAUAUAUAUAUAUAUAUAUAUAUUUCUUUAAAUUUUUGAGUCUUUGAUAUGUCUAUACAAUCUGUUCCCUCUGCCCUGAAGCCGGAGUGAGACACAUGGAAAAACUCUGUGUGGAUUUCAUUCGAAGGUGUUAAUUAAAUGAUUAAAACUUG